GUCAGAGUUUGUAUAGACUGCAUUCGAUAACUGUAAGCAUGUGUCAAAGCAUACGGUUACUUUUAGUUGUGCUGUGCACUACUGUUUCUUUAUCAAAACAGUACGAAACCAUUUAUUCUUAUUAUUCAUUUGAAUAUAUUACUUCAAGUGAUUUUAUCAUUAAAGUCGAUAAUAUUCAACAAAAUACAGUGUAUACAGUUCAAAAAUUCGGUCGUACUAUUCAACGCGUUCAUUUGGGUGAAAAUUUUGGAAAAAAUUUCUCAAAAACUGAAACAAACAAUGGAUUUGUCUUGCACGGGCUGAAUCGCGACGUUGAAUUUAAAAUUGUCGAAGAUAGCGACGAUUUUACAUUGGUCAAGGUUUCCAGUGUUUUGCAAAAAAACCAAAAAGACAGUCAUUGCGUUGAAUUGGUGACGGGUAAAAUUUCGUGGUUUGGUGGACCGCAGAUCUUUUAUCAAUACUGGCCAGUUGAGAAGCUUCGAUUUGAAGAUUAUUCGUACGUUCCAAAACAGCUUGAUAAUGUCGGCGUGGCCGAGCGAUAUUGGUUGAAUUCAGAAGGCGGUUUCAUUUAUAUCGAUGAUACAGUGCCACUGUUUUUGGAUCAAAAUGUAAACGGAAACAAGCUCUGUUUUAGCGUUAAAAAUGAAUUGCCAUAUAAUACCCGAAGAGAAACAAUUGAUUUCAAAUACAAUUUGGGCUUUGGUAAAAAUGCUAAAAAAGCACAGAGAAAAGCCGUCGAAUUAUUUUUGAAAAAACCAACGGCAGUUGCUGACCGUCGAAUGGUUGAACAUCCCAUUUGGUCGACAUGGGCAAGAUACAAAGCAAAUAUUACCGAAGAAACAGUCAAGCUAUUUGCUUCCGAAAUUGAACAAUAUGGAUUUAACAAUAGCCAACUGGAAAUUGACGACGAUUGGGAGAUUUGUUAUGGGGCUCUUACAUUUAGAGAGAGUAAAUUUCCAAACAUUCGACAACUCACUGAUAAUUUAAGAGAACGAGGUUUUCGGGUAACACUUUGGAUUCAUCCGUUCAUCAACAAAGGCUGUGACCCGUGGUAUUCAGAAGCAAAAGAAAAAGGAUACUUAGUGGUGAACUAUGAAGAUAAUCCAGAUACUACGUGGUGGAACAGUAAAGUAGAUGAUGCUGCAUACAUUGAUUUCACAAAUCCCGAUGCUGUCAAAUGGUACCAAGACCGAUUAAAAACUUUGGAAGAAGAAGCGGGCAUUGAUAGCUUUAAAUUCGAUGCAGGCGAAACUUCAUGGUCGCCAAAGGAUCCCAAAUUGAAUACAGACUUGGAAGAUCAUCCACUGGCCAUAACAAAGACAUACGUUCGCGCCGUGAGCAAAUUUGGUCCGAUUGUCGAAGUGCGAAGUGGUCAAGGCACACAAGAUUUGCCAAUUUUUGUUCGUUUCAUCGACAAGGAUUCCGAGUGGACAUACAGAAAUGGUCUGCCCACUUUAAUCACAUCGUUGCUUCAAAUGAAUUUGGUGGGCUAUGGAUUCAUUCUGCCGGAUAUGAUUGGUGGAAAUGGUUAUCAAGGUGCUCCAUCUGAGGAAUUGUUUGUACGAUGGCUUCAGGCGAACGUUUUUAUGCCUAGUUUGCAGUAUUCAUACGUACCAUGGGACUAUUCGAAUAACACAAUCGAAAUCUGUCGUAAAUUUACGAAUUUACACGCUGAAUACACCGACGAAAUUAUGAAGGCGUUUGAAAAAGCAGUCGAAUUGGGAGAACCAGUAAAUCCGCCUAUUUGGUGGUUAGAUCCAAACGAUCAAGUUGCAUUGGGCAUUAGCGACGAAUUUUUGUUGGGAAAACGAAUAUUGGCAGCGCCGGUCAUAAAUAAGGGCGAAGAUUUCCGACAUAUAUACUUGCCAAAGGGGAACUGGUUUGAUCCAAAUCUAAACAAAACUUACGAUGGACCAAUUUGGUUAAUGGAGUAUCCCGCACCAAUUGAUGUUUUGCCAUAUUUUAUAAGACAAAAAUCAUAGGGAAAGUAUCAUAGAUAUAUGUAUUUGAAAAAUUGUUCACUCCAAUUAUUUUUUAUAAAUCAAACAUUUCAAUUAAAAAAAGCAAAUAAAAGAACCACUUGAAACUCACACAAUAAAA